AUGGAAAAGUAUGAGAUCCUGGGGCUUGUGGGAGAAGGCAGCUAUGGCAUGGUGUUGAGGUGCAGGAACAAGGAGAACGGCCGAGUAGUCGCCAUCAAGAAAUUUUUAGAGAGUGAGGACGAUAAGAUGGUAAAAAAAAUUGCCUUGAGAGAAAUCAAGCUUCUCAAGCUAUUAAGGCAUGAGAACCUGGUGAACCUCCUGGAAGUCUGCAAGAAGAAGAAACGAUGGUACCUGGUGUUUGAAUUUGUGGACCACACAGUCCUUGAUGAUCUUGAGAUGCUUCCAAGUGGCCUCGAUUACAACAGAGUUAGAAAAUAUUUAUUUCAAAUUCUAAAGGGGACAGAAUUUUGUCACCGUCACAAUAUCAUACACAGAGAUAUCAAACCUGAGAACAUACUGGUCUCCCAUUCUGGAAUUAUCAAACUGUGUGAUUUUGGAUUUGCGCGAAUGCUGGCAGCCCCUGGAGAAGUUUACACAGAUUAUGUGGCAACACGGUGGUAUCGCGCUCCUGAACUGCUGGUUGGGGAUAUUAAAUAUGGCAAAGCUGUCGAUGUGUGGGCCAUAGGCUGCCUAGUGACAGAAAUGCUUACAGGAGAACCUCUGUUCCCCGGAGACUCCGACAUUGAUCAGCUGUAUCACAUUACGAAAUGUGUGGGUAACUUAAUUCCAAGACACCAAGAGUUGUUUUAUAGGAAUCCUCUCUUUGCUGGUGUGAGAUUGCCUGAGGUGAAGGAGCUAGAACCUCUGGAGAAACGAUAUGCCAAGCUCUCCGUUGCAGUGAUAGAUUUUGCUCAGCAAUGUCUGCGGACUGAUCCUGACAAAAGGCCCUCCUGUGCUGAACUACUGCGGUGCCAUCUAUUGACCAAAGAUGGUUUUGUGGAAAGAUUUGCUCAAGAACUUAAAGUAAAGAUUCAAAAAGAAAGAGACCUCCCUUUGCCCAAGAAAUCAAAAAUAAACAGGAGAAACAAAGAUGACUGUAGUGAUGAAAGAAAAAUGCUUCUAUUCCAGGACUUUAGUUUGGAUCCCAAGGCCAAAGACUCAAAACUGUUCAGAAUGAAAUUGUCCAAGGCAGAUCUAGAGAAAGUUGACAGAUUGUCAGAGAUGAGUUUCCUGUAUGAGAGUGGAACUGGACAGGCCAAAACACUCCCGCUGGCAAGUUCGAAGGAUCCCAGUAGCAAUCUGGACUAUGUGAAGAAUCCUAGUGUGGUGAUUCCUCCCAUUACGCGGAUCCAUUCCACUGUGACCUCCAGCAUGACUGGGACCUCUGAUAUGGGGGCAGUACUGGGAACCCCUAAUUGCAGAACUGAUGAGAAGCCUAAAAAAUAUGUCAACCCUUUCAUAAAGCAAAGCCGAAAAUCACCAGUAGGACACUUUGGUGUGAACUUGACAUCAUCGGUUUCAAGUGAAAACGGUGUCCUUCAGACAAACAAGAAAAGAUGGGAGUUUUCCAGAACAGACGUGCAUUUGCCGGAGCUUAACUGCAGCCAUCUCCCUGAAGUCAAAUCUGUGGAUGCUUGGAAUCCCAAAUUUCUGAAGAAAGAGAACAGAACCGUUUCGGGCUCCGGCACGCUGUCUCUGGCCGUAGCAGAUCUCCAGAACCCAACCCUGGCCCUCCCCCAGGUAUCAAGAACACCGGUGCGAGAUGCUUCUGAAGCCGCUUUCCCCAAGGCUGGGCCCUCCUUUUGA